AUGCCUGCAGCUGUGUGUUGGGUGUGGGGCAGGGACACACUUGGUGGCAGGCACUUCCAUUGUGUGUUUGACUGUUUGGGUGCGCUCCUGCGGGAACAAGACGUCACCGCCGUCAUGCUUGGGCUUCUCGUAGCUGGGUGUUUGAUUGGGUGGAUUCUCGUUGCUGUGCUGGUGGUGUUUUGGCACGGAGUUGGUGAGGUGAGUGGUGUGGUGGCUUUCCUAUGCCUCGCUGUCUGUUUUUGUCUCUCUCCUUUCUGCAAGGUCACAACUGGCGAUGUUAGUGAUGCGCUGUGUGUUGUUUGUGUAUGCGCUCUGCGUGGGGUGCGCCUGCGGGUGUGCUGCAGCUGA